UCUGGUCGGGGGCGAUGCGAUCAAUAAUUGAUACCGCCGGUCAAGUGGCUCCCCCAGCUGGAACAAAGCCGCUGAGGGCCCAUAUAAGGUCCGUCACACAGCAGCGGUGCCAGGGCACGGACCACCAGAGCUGCACCAUGGGAAAGAUCAUCUUCUACGAAGGCCAUGACUUUCAGGGUCGCUAUUACGAGUGUACCAGCGACUGCAUGGACACCUUCCAGCACUUCAGCUCCUGCAACUCCAUCCGGGUGAUGGGGGGCAACUGGGUCCUGUACGAGAAGCCACACUACUGCGGCUACCAGUAUGUGCUGAACCCGGGCGAGUACAGCCACUUUCACAGCUGGGCUGGCUUCAGCAACUGCAUACGAUCCUGCCGUCUAUUUCCACCCUACCACGGCUCGUACAGGAUGAGGCUGUACCACAGACCUCACAUGAUGGGUCACUACAUGGACCUGACUGACGACUGCCCCAGCAUGUACCCGCGCUUCCACUGCCAUGACGUCAGCUCCUGCCACGUGACGGAGGGCUACUGGGUGUUCUACGAGCAUCCAAACUACAGGGGGCGCCAGUACUUCCUGUGGCCUGGAGAGUACCGAACCUGCAGGGACUGGGACUGCUACAACACUACGGUGGGAUCCUGUAGGAGAGUGUGGAUGUGA